AUAAAGUGAAUGCCGGGUCCGGGAAGAGCGGAUACAGUGAAUGCGGGGUCCGGGGAGAGCGGAUACAGUGAAUGCGGGGUCCGGGGAGAGCGGAUACAGUGAAUGCGGGGUCCGGGGAGAGAGCGGAUACAGUGAAUGCGGGGGUCCGGGGGAGAGCGGAUACAGUGAAUGCGGGGUCCGGGGAGAGCGGAUACAGUGAAUGCGGGGCGGGGGAGGAUACAGUGAAUGCGGGGUCCGGGAGAGCGGAUACAGUGAAUGCGGGGUCCGGGGAGAGCGGAUACAGUGAAUGCGGGGUCCGGGGAGAGCGGAUACAGUGAAUGCGCGGGUCCGGGGAGAGAGCGGAUACAGUGAAUGCCGGGUCCGGGGAGAGCGGAUACAGUGUAUGCCGGGUCCGGGGAGAGCGGAUACAGUGGACGCCGGGUCCGGGGAGAGCGGAUACAGUGGACGCCGGGUCCGGGGAGAGCGGAUACAGUGGACGCCGGGUCCGGGGCGAGCGGAUACAGUGGACGCCGGGUCCGGGGAGAGCGGAUACAGUGGACGCCGGGUCCGGGGGAGAGCGGAUACAGUGGCCGCCGGG